AUAAUUUAAAAAGGUUAUAGAAAAUUUGAUACAAAUACAACGAAUUGUAGUUUGAAAAAGCGUAAGUAUUCUUUUAAAUACUGUGAUUGGAAUGCGUCGCAAACUAGAUGUCUUUUUGAGACGUGUUUCAGAGGAUGAGACGGUUAUCGGGCGAAGCUGGUGGGAAGCUGGGCAAGCAACCAGCCGUCCCAACCCUCGGACCACAUCUCAGAACGACAGCCAGACAAUAUAAUAAUCUCAGUCGGGUGUUACGAGACAGUUUAGAUGACCAGCAUCGACACCAAAGGCUGCCUCAAAAUUUUCCAAUUUCAUUACUAGGAGGUGAACCAAUGUACUUUACACUUCCUCUACAUAAGAAGCUUACAACAUUUAAUAACAUAUAAACCAUAAAAUAGAUAAUAAAUGUCCUUAGCAUUACUUAAUACAAAUUACAAUAACAUUACAUUUAGUUGCGAACAUAAAACUAUUUACGUCGCUUA